UUGAAAUAUUCUUCUCGAUGAGAAUUAUAGGAGUCAAGCCUUCUCAAUACCAAAAACCCAUCCCCAAACCUAUACACUCUACACACAAUUUUCUCCCUUAGCUUUUUGAUAUGAUGACAAUAAGCUUCCUUUUUAUAGGUGAGGUAGUACUCUCCAUGCCUCCAUAUCUUCUCCUCCAUGCCUCCUCCAUGUUGGGAUGAAAUUCUUAGAAGCGAUCCUACACUUAUGGAUUCAAUGUUGAUAGGCGUUCUAAUAGUCUUGGCCUCUAUUCUCAUCCUAUCCACCGCCCGUUUUACCUACAACACCAAGAAAAGAUCCCGGAAUCUUCCUCCGGGCAGCUUGGGAUGGCCGGUGAUCGGCGAAUCUCUGGAGUUCCUGCGCUUAAGCCGGGAAGGGAGGUCGGAGAAAUUUGUGGAGGACAGAGUGAGGAAAUACAAGUCGGGGGUGUUCAAGACCAGCUUGAUGGGCGAGAAGGUGGUUGUGCUGAGCGGGCCGGCCGGGAACAAGUUCCUGUUCAGCAACGAGAACAAGCUGGUGGCGACGUGGUGGCCGGCUUCCGUGCAGAAGCUGCUGGGAGUGUGCCUGGCAACCAGCGCCGGCGAGGAAGGGAAGCAGAUGAGGAAGCUGAUGUCAUACUUCGUAAGCCCGGCGGCUCUCAAGCAGCUGUACAUCAAAACUAUGGAUUUGGUCACGCAGCAGCAUCUUCACACUCACUGGCACGGUGACAAGACACUGAAAGUGUUCCAUGUUGUGAGGUUGUAUACUUUCGAACUAGCUUGCCGCUUCUUCAUGAGUGUUGAAGACCCAAACCAAAUAAACAAGCUUUCGGCCCUAUUCAACAUUUUCCUCAAGGGAGUCAUAUCACCACCCAUGAAUAUCCCAGGGACGAGAUUUUAUCGUGCAACAAGAGCCACUAGUUUAAUAAGGGAAGAGCUUCUUGUGAUAGUGAAAAAGAGAGGAGAAACGAUGAGGCAGAAUGGAGCUUCAACCGCCAAUGAUCUUCUCUCACAUUUGCUUCUCACACCAGACGAUGAUGGGAACUUCAUGUCUGAGUUAUGCAUAGUGAACAAUAUAAUCUUGCUUUUGUUUGCUGGCCAUGACACUUCCAGUGUAACUAUCACCCUACUCGUAAAGAAGCUGGGGGAGUUGCCUCAUGUUUACGAGAAUGUCCUUCAAGAGCAAAGAGAGAUUGCAGCAUCAAAAGAAGUUGGUGAGUUUCUUAACUGGAAUGACAUACAAAAGAUGAAGUAUUCAUGGAAUGUUGCUUCUGAAGUUUUGAGGUUGUAUCCCGCUGUCUCUGGAACCUUCAGAGAAGCACUUGAGGACAUCACCUAUGAAGGUUAUGACAUUCCCAAAGGAUGGAAGUUUUAUGGAAAUGCUCCUAUUACACAUCUCAAUAAGAGUUUUUUCCAAGACCCGGUGAACUUUGAUCCAUUGAGAUUUGAAGAAGGAUAUCCGCCAUACACAUAUGUCCCCUUUGGAGGAGGGCCGCGGAUGUGCCUUGGUAAAGAAUUUGCUCGGUUGGAGAUACUAAUUUUUUUACACAAUGUGAUUAUGAGAUUUAGGUGGAACUUACUUGUACCACAUGAGAAAGUGCAAUAUGAUCCCAUGCCCAUUCCUGUUGAAGGCCUUCCUAUUUGUCUUCAUCCCCACAAAUUAUGAAAGUAUACACACUUCUUAACUCUUGCUUUAUAGAGCUUUUUAAUUCAAUAAACAUAAUAAUCCUCGACUAUAUUUUAUUAUAUUUUUGAUGUGUUAGUUUUAUAUAUACAUUUUGUAUUAAAU